CCGGCAAACCAUUACUGAUUUGCUUUCAUUUCCAUCGGGAAUCCUCUGUCUGCAUAUCCGUGUCUCUCUUGUUUGUUUUUUCUUCUAUUUGCACUCCUUAAUAGCAACCCACAAACCAAUGGCUUCUCUGCACUCGGCAUCUCUAUUAUCCCCUUCUCUUCUCUUUCCAAGAUCCCUUCUCCUCCGCUCCAAGAUUCGCCUAAAAAACUCUGUGCCCUUUCCCGAUCUUGCAAUUUCAACUGGAGGUUUCGUUCGUUUCGGGAUCAAUGGCUGCGGCACUCCAAGUUUCGUAAAAGCUAAGGCUGACAGAACAAGUUGUCUUGCUGAGAACGAAAUUGUUCCCAGUGGAAAUGGCGAUGUCAUUGGAGGAGCUUCUGGCUGAGGAAGGGUUUAGAGAGGGGAGGUCAAAAGUGUUGGAGAGAGCUUCUUCAUCUGGAUCACGAGCAGUGAGUAUGCCACUUUACCCAUAUAGAGACCGCCACAAAUCAGGCUCUUCAUCAGGUGUCAAGAGGACUGACAGGAUCAAGUCUGAUAUACCUCGACAUGGUUUGCGAAAUGAAUUACCAUCAACUGAUAAAAGCAAGGGGAGAAUAUCUUUGGAUAUUAUUAGAAGACAGAAAAUAGAUAGAGGAUUAAAAGAGAAAACAGAAGAGAAGUUUGAAAGAGUUUCCAAUAAUCCGCUUGAUGUUAAACACACUGCUGCUGAUUCACCACAAGAUUUUCUAUUUGACGAGAUUGUUGAGGUUGGAGAUCACUCUGGUCAGAUGUACAGAGAUAUAUAUUCAAAUGAAAUUUAUAGCCCUCAGACAAGUAAGGAUAAAUAUUCAGAUGUAUAUGGAGAAAGGGAAAGGCACAAAAGGAAGCCAAGGAAGAAUGUGGAUAAGAGACACAACAACAAUUCUAACAACUCACUUCCUGGGCAUUCAAAUUCUAGUGGGAAUCAGAGGGAAAGGAUGAAACAACAGAAGACAUCAUACAGGCAGUCAAAUAUAAGUUCGCGAAACAGCAAACUCUUUCAUGACAACACAAGUCAAAGGCACAGCGUUGAACAGAACGUUACUGAACCUGCUCUGGAUGAAGUUGCCGUCCAGGCCAUGAUAUCUAUCUUGACUGGUUACAUCAAAAGUUUUCUCACAGAUGAGGACUUUCGGACGUCACUUCGUCACAACUGUUUCGCAUCACUAAAUUUUGUUGAAGAUGGUCGCCUUUCUGAGAGCAAAGUCAUCAUCAAUCUUGAGCAUGCUAUAGAAACAGUAGAAAGAUCUGCCGAGGAGUGUGCAAAUGCAAAAGAGCUGAAAAAAGCUUCACUGCAGCUUAGUGUGAUAACAGGUCUGAAUUCAAAUGAUCUGAAAGAUGGUUUCACGUCUGUGACUCCCAAUUCUAAGUUGUCAGCUUGUGCUCAUCUCUACCUGAGUGUGAUAUACAAACUACAGAAGAACGACAGGAUAGCAGCAAAGCAUCUUCUGCAAGUAUUCUGUGAUUCACCUUUCCAGGCUCGAACAAUGUUGUUGCCCGAGUUGUGGGAUUGUAUGAUUUUUCCACAUCUUUCUCAUUUGAAGGACUGGUACAAUCAUGAAGCUAAUUGCCUAGCAAGUGCAUCACGCAAAACAAGAAAACUGAAAUUUCUUGAAAAGGUUUAUAAUGAAAUUAUGGAUUCUGGAACUUACCAAUUUGCAGUUUAUUACAAGGAUUGGCUCACAGAGGGGAUUGAAGCUCCUUGCAUUCCCUCCAUUCAUGUCCCUUCCACAUCCUUUGGAGGAGUUCAGCGGAGACUUAGCUACUCUAUUCAGGGAGCUCAACACGAAAGUAUGUUUAGCAAGUCCCCAGACAUGGGUGCUCCUAUUCCUGUUCUUUCACCUCAGCCUAUGGUUAGUAAAAGAUUAUAUGACUCAGUCUUUUGCCAUUCACAUAAACCAGGAGUUGAUGAGGUGGAAGAUUAUAAGGGAUCGGAGAAAUUUGAAUAUAGCAUGAGAAGCUCUGAUAGUUCUGCCGUUGAAGAUAAACAAGCAUUAACAUUUUCUUCUACUAUAGCUACGCGGACAGAUCAAGACAUUGAACAGGAUGAUGCAUCCCACCCCGAGGAUGGACUAAUAGAUGAGAAAGUGUGGAGAUUGCUUAAACCUAGAGCUCCUGCUGAAGGAGAGGUAUGCGAGAAAUUUGGUGAUUCUCCUCUAUUCCCAGCAGAUCCAGAUAACACCCAGAUAUUACAUCAGCUUCCACAUUAUAAAGCAAAUGAUUUCUAUCUCAAGAGUCCAGAAAAAUCUGUUUUUAAACAGAAACAAACUGAGGGUCCUCUCAAUCACAUGGUGUCCUCUUUCUCAUGGCAAAUAAGUCUUCGUGGUUCAGGUUUACAACAUGAUUAUGAAAACUUCAACAAUGAAUCGUCUUUAUCAUCCAUACCUAAGGAUUUUAUAUGUCCACUCACUGGAUUUCUAUUUGAAGACCCAGUGACCUUAGAGACUGGCCAAACCUUUGAGCGAGCAGCUAUCACAGAAUGGUUUGAGCAAGGAAAUGAAACAUGUCCCGUGACAGGGAAAACACUGGAAUGCCAAUCAUUGCCGCUUACCAACUUCAUUUUGAAGCGUGUUAUUAAUAACUGGAAAUCAGAACAAUGUAGGCAUUUGUUGGCAUUUGCCUCCCAAGCAGCAAGGGAACACAGAUCUAAACUUCAGGAUGAAACAGCUGUUUUCAAAUUACAUCAGCUUUAUACUGCUUUCAGCAAAAGGGAACGAAUAACAAAUGGAAAGCAUCUUAUAUCUGUUGGAGGCCUGCAGUUUCUUACUCAGAGGUUUGAAUUAGGGAACUUGGAGGAGAGGGCAUGUGUGGCAUCACUCUUUUCCUUGUGUAUAGAGGCGGAAAAUGGUUGCAGAAAUUACAUAGCCCAGAACAUUAAGAAAUCAUGCCUUCUUGAGCUGAUCCAGAGCAAGGAUGUUGACGUUAGAUCAAGAGCAAAUGCAGUUCUACUGCUGGUAGAAUUAAUAUGCUUGAGCAGGAAGAAGGAUGUUCACACAUUCGUAAGUGGCUUACAAUAUGGAAAGUUACCGGAGACAAUGGAUGCUUUACUUGUCUAUCUUCAGAGUUCUCCUCCUGAACAGAGACCCUUGGUUGCUGUUCUCCUGUUACACAUAGAUCUUCUGGUUAGACCUGAGCAGUACACCAUGUACAGAUCAGAGGCUGUUGAUGCGGUUGCAAUGGCUCUUGAUGACAGCUUGUCUAAUGAGAAGGUCCAAACAAACUGUUGUAGAGCACUGCUUAUCUUGGUAGGGCGUUUUUCUCCCUCUGGGAAGAUAAUGACAGAGGAUUGGAUCCUAAAGGAAGAUGGAUUUGUUCAUGGUCCUGAUCCAAAUUAUUUUGAGAAUGAAGAACAUGUAUUAGCUCAUGAAAUUAUUCCAUUGGAUGACGAAGAGGAGGAAAAGGAAGAGUGGUUGAGGAGCCUGUCCGCAUCAUUUAUCUGCGAUGGGAAGAAAUCAUUUUUGGAUAGUAUUUACAAGUGCUUAGGUGAUGGAAACUUGGAUUUGGUGAGGGUGUGCCUGGUCACUAUGGCAUGGUUAAGCUCUGCACUUGCUGCAUUUCCUUCUUUUGAAUUUCAGCUAUCUGCCUUCUCGGCUGUCAUCUCGCGGUUAAAGGAAAUACUGGAAAAUAGUGAGCUGGUUGAGCAUAAGAUACUUGCUUCAAUGUCUUUGUUUAGUUUCAGCAAAAUUCCAGAAUGCAGGCUGCUGUUGAUGAAAACUGCAAAGGAAAUUACAGUUCCUCUGAAGAGCCUUGCAGAAGUAACAUGGACAGCCAGAGAGCUUUAUUCUAUGAUCUCCAUGGAGGAUUCAUAAUCUAAUAGUGAAAAGGUGCUGCUUUCUUUUACACAAUCACAACUUUGCAGAGCCUAUGUUUUCCAUUCAACUAAACGUUCGUACUUUCUUUGGAUACCCACAGUCACAGACCAAGAUCUUGUUCCUCAUAUUGGCUGGUAAUUUUCUCUAGUACUAAACUGGCUAAACUUGUCCCGCAGAGGUGAUCAAUAGUGUUGCCAUGAUGAGAAGACAUGACUGUCAACACAUUUGUAUAUAACUUCUUCAUAUUUUCUCAGUUUCUUCGGUGUUAGUGUCAUUGCUUUCAGAAUUUUGUGAAAGAUUGAAGAAAGGAGAAGAAUUAGGGAAGGAAAGAAGAAGUUCAAGAAGAAGAAUAUGACCAGGACUGGGAUGGGGAGAGAAAUUUUGGAUUGACAACCAAGUUAUUGGUACUCUUUGGGCUAUACCUUGGCCUACAAAAAGUUGCUAAAAUGACAAAAAUACCCUCAUUCAAAUUGCAAAACACCAUUCCCUCUUCUUCCUCUCUCUCCCCUCACCCAACGACCAUGGCCACCUCCUCUCUCUUCUCCCCUCUUCCCAUGGCCGCCUCCAGCAGUCACCGGUCGUUGAUCGUCGUCGUCACCUCGCCUUUCGCACAUUGACUGUUGUUGAGGAUGCAACGGCGAUCGGCAAGGGAGAGGCGAGGCAACAGGAUGGCGGCGAUAGACGAUUGUUGGAGGUGAUCAUGGGAAGGGGGGAGAGAGGAGGUGGCAUGUCGCUAGGUGAGGGGAGAGAGAGGAAGACGAGAGAAAGACGUUUUGCAAUUUAAGCAAGGGUAAAUUUUGUUAUUUUAACUCCUUUUUGUAGCCCAAGGAAUACCAAUAGCAUUUUCCAUAUUUAUUUAUGGACCAUACUAUUUGUAG